AUGAAGGCCAUUCUCCCCCGGCACAAACGGUUCAAAUACUUCAACUCUUCCCCUAGCUCGUCUUCCCCAGUCAUGGAAACACCUGGGUACGAGUCGCACGCUGGUGAUUCUCGGGACAUCGAUGGCAUCUGGCAGGACGCUCUUGAUCAAUACCGCAGAUCUCUGCCUCACGACCUCAAUAAACUGAGCGAACGCAUCCUGGGCGAUCUUGAGGCCUGCCUGACGACCGCACAAAUCAUAGAUGCGCUAGAGAAGACGUCGGAGUCCCUGGACAAGCGACGCAAUGGAAAUGGACUGCUGUCUCGAUUACGAGCAGUUUUAAAGCCAUUAGUAUACGGUCUAAGCGCCAUUCUGGAAGCGAUGGGAGAAACAGCAUCGACGCAUGUGCCAGGCGGGAAGGGCAUUUUUGUGGCUGUGGCAAUUCUGCUCAAGGCCGCAGAAAAUGUCAGCGCCGCUUUUGAUGACCUGGAAAGGUUACUUCAGAGGCUGCAAUCGUUUGUCGAGAGGCUGACUAUACGUGUCCAUGCACCAAUGAAGGACGGUUCACGGAGCGUUGCUGUGAGGGCUUUGGUCAAAACGCUAAAGGCCGUCGAUCUGGCUACGCGUUUGAUUCAAAGAGGGCGCAUGCGACUAUUUGUGCGGGCCCUAUUCACUAAGCACGAUGAAGUGACGGCCGCCCUCCUAUCACUCGAGGAUGUCACGACCGACGAGGAGCGCAUGACCAUUGCAGAAUUGUCUGUUGACAUGGAUAAACUGACUUACGCCGUGCGUGGUGUCGAGACAUCUGUCUCGAGCUUGCAGGGAAUGACGGGAGCGACGCAUAUGGCUGUAAAAGAUAUGUACAAGAUGAUUCAAGAGAUGAAUAACCGCUUGAUGAAUGUCCAAUCAUUCGUGGCGGUCGAUGCGAGUCUACGACCGCAGCUAGAGACUGUCACGAGCGCAGAUACGGCUUCCUCCGCGAGCACACGUCAAGUAGCUACUCUUCGAUGCGUGCCUGAUUGGUUUUCCUUGGGUCGCCUAAUACGUCGCACCGUGGGCAGAUUCUGUUCGGAGGAUCAAGACAUCAUCUGGCGUGCAUUCGCCACGAUAUUCACAUGGGCCAUCGAUGCCAUCUCCAUUGGCGAUGGCAACGGUGGUACAGUGCGAUCUGUGGCAGUUGUCAUGACGGAAUACACACAGAUCGCCCAAAUUACAGUCAGAAUGGCUGCCAUGUUUCUAUUACUAUUCAUGCUCUGGCGGCUUAGCUCCGUAUCUCGUCCUCUUGGACCAUUCCCUGACCGAAUCACCAUAGUUGAUGUUCUAGGGGAAGUCCUUGUCCUCGGGCCUGACACCUUUUCCACGUGGGAGAACACCCACACCUUUCUCCUGCAAGCCUUUCAGGGUCGCCUCGGAGCAUCUUACGUCAAGAGGCGUGCCUACGGUCUAGGCAAUGAUGAGCACCCGCUGAUCCAACCUCAAUCUUGGUCAAGUCUCGUGCAUCCUGGGUUAACUUUAGACAUGAGCAUCAUGGUCCGCGAACGUACGCCGCGAUGCCCGUAUUGCUACGCAGCUAGAAGUGGUAAUGAAACCGAAAUAUAUGACGGAAGAAUUCUUUGUUCUGAGAUCGGAUGCAGGCGCAUUUAUUCUACCCAUAUUGACUCGCAUACUGACCAUGAUUCGUUACAUGCGUUGAGUGACAGCCGAGCACCCACUGAAACGCCUCACAUGCCGGGCUCGCUCGUUGAAGAAGUCGACUCGCCUUCAGCUGAUCCUGUAGCAGAUGGAGUUUCGCCACUUUCGUCGUCCCAAAUCCAGCCGCUCUCCUCUGAGGCUACUACAUCAUCGAUGUUACUUUCUGGACCAUCCGUAGACAUCCCCGGCGCACCGAGGACGUCCCGCCUACAGCAAGAUAUGACCCAGCGCUUCGAUACAAUCGAAGACACAACUGUAGAUCAGAUGUCCCCAUAUCGCAGGAUCAUUGUUCAGAUCGUACAGAUACCAGCCCCCGAAGUGAACACGAUCUUUGAAAUCGGCGAUAGCGAAGUGGACAAUGUUGUCUCGUGCAUUCUCGGCGAUCCCGCUAUACUAUCUCGUGGUAAUGCCCGACCUGAGGAGUCUAGUCUACAGGACUCUUUGAUCCAGGCCCUCGUCAUCGGUAUCGACCAGUACCAAGAAGCGCCACCCAUUAAUAACCUCACUGGGGCCGUUGCUGAUGCGAAGUCCAUGUACGAAUACCUACACCACGAGCUGAACGUCCCGGCGGAGCAAAUCGUCAAGCUGCACAACAAGGAUGCAACUCGAGACGCCAUCCUGAAACAGAUUCGGGCGCUAUCCACGCGACGCCGGACCACCAGUUCCAGCCGUUCUGUCCCUGUGAAGAAAGGCGAUCCGAUAAUCAUAUACUUCGCCGGACACGGCGCGAGCGGCAAAGCACCAGAUGGAUGGGUUACUGAGACUGGCAAUGUCUCCAUGCUAGUGCCCUACGACGGCUCCCCGAAGGAUGCGUCCCGCAACAUUCUCGAUCGCACCAUUGGUGCGCUUCUGCACGAGCUCGCAGAAGGCGGACAGAACAGCAGCGGUCUUGGAGACAACAUUACUGUCAUCUUCGACUGCUGUCACUCUGGGUCCGGUACGCGCAAGCUCGAGCUUGAGCACGCCACCCCACAUCUGGAGCGAGGUUUCGAGCUUGACGCGGAUACUGUCAUCCCUCCAAAUCUCGAUGAGGACAUUUGGGGUGUUGUAUAUAACGGUCGUUCCACUGACACGCCCUCUGGAUUCGCUUUCUCCGGUACGAGGUCCCACGUAUUGCUUGCUGCUUGUCGGGAGAGUGAAAAGGCCUACGAGUCCUAUUGCCGCGGAAUCUUCACACAGACACUGCUCGCCGAGUUGCGCAGGAUCAAGACGGACAAAAUCACUUAUCAAGGUCUCAUGCAACGCGUCGUGAAACCAAUUUCCAAUCAAAACCCGCAGUGCGAAGGCCACAACAGCGACCGUUUACUCUUCGAUGCCCUUGCACCGAGUGCAGGACGCACAGUCUACGACUUCGUGAAGAAAGACGACAAAUACGUCCUGCACGCCGGGUCUCUCCAUGGCGUGACGAAAGGCGCCGAGUUCAAGAUCUACCCUUCCCCGGACUUCACAGCCAGCGAUCCUCCUUUGACGACUAUAGCAGUCAAAGCUGUGAAGGCCUUCACCUGCCGCCCGCGCGAUGAUGUGCCAGAGCUGCCUUCUUCUCUGCUUUACGCGCACCAGAUUAGCAUGGGUCAGGCGGAGGCGCUCCGCCUGUACAUAUCCUCUUCGGACGUGCUUAGACCUGUGAUCACGGCCUUUGCCGAGGAGAUCCAGCCUCAAAAAGAAGUCGAGAAUCGAAUUCUGCUGGGCAGUAAAGCUGAAGCGGAUAUCAGCCUGGAAAGCGAGCCAUCCGGUGUAAGGUUCCACGUUCACGACUCGCUCAUCAAGAGCUACGGGCUUGAGAAGCUGAGCCAGAGGGUACCCCCGGAGCCACAUCGCAUCCGAGCCGUCUUGCGUGCCGCAUCGCAUUUCUUGUGGCAUUUGCGUCACGAACCACCGUCUACCAAGCACCGGUUGCGCGAUAGGGUCGACAUAGCAUUCCAUAAAGUGGAGAAGGGGAACGAGCUGGACAGUAGCUUGCGCAAGAUGUGGAAGC